AUGGACAAAGAUGAAACCUUUGAAUCAUUUUUCAACAGCUUCUCCUUAAUGCCAUAUAAAAACGUGAACUUUUUUUUGGUAUGUAACUCAGAUUUUGCAUCUUCAGGAACAGCCACAACCCUAAAAACAGAGCAAGAAGUCGCGAUUGCUUUGGGAAGCAAUGUUGGAAACAGAAUGAGGAACUUUAAAGAAGCUUUACGACUGAUGAAAAACUAUGGAAUUCGUAUAACGAGGCACAGUUGUUUGUACGAAACAGAGCCUGUUCAUGUCACUGAUCAACCAAAGUUUCUCAAUGCUGCUGUGAGAGGCGUAACAAAGCUCGACCCUCACGAGCUCUUGACCGUUCUCAAGAAAAUCGAGAGAGAGAUGGGUCGUGAAGACAAUGGUAUAAGGUAUGGACCAAGACCACUUGACUUGGACAUAUUGUUCUAUGGGAAGUUAAGAAUAACCUCUGAGAAACUAAUCAUUCCUCAUGAGAGAAUCUGGGAAAGACCAUUUGUUUUGGCUCCUUUGGUUGAUUUGCUUGGAUCAGAUAAUGAUGAUCAUACAGUUUCACAUUGGCAUUCACUCUCGAUGCUUCAAGGUGGGAUCUUCGAAGCUUGGGAGAAGCUAGGUGGUGAAUCAUUGAUUGGAAACAACGGUAUACAAAGAGUUUUACCUAUAGGAGACCAAUUAUGGGAUUUUUCAAAGAAAACUUACGUGAUGGGUAUACUUAAUCUUACUCCUGAUAGCUUUAGUGAUGGAGGUAAGUUUCAGUCCAUAGAUUCUGCGGUUUCUCGAGUCCGUUCGAUGAUCACUGAAGGUGUAGAUAUCAUUGAUAUCGGUGCGCAAUCCACAAGACCAAUGGCUUCAAGAAUUUCUACUCAAGAAGAGAUAGAUAGACUAAUUCCCGUUUUGAAAGUUUUGCGUGGCAUGCAAGAAAUGAAGGGAAAGCUUAUAUCAGUGGAUACUUUUAACUCUGAGGUUGCUUUAGAAGCAAUAAGCAACGGAGCUGACAUUUUGAAUGAUGUAUCAGCCGGAAGCUUAGACCCAAAUAUGUAUAAGGUUGUUGCGGAUUCUGAUGUUCCUUAUAUGGUUAUGCACAUGAGAGGAGAUCCAUGCACCAUGCAAAACAAAGAGAAUUUGCAAUACGAUGAUGUUUGCAAGGAUGUUGCUUCAGAGCUUUGUUUGAGAGCAAGGGAUGCAGAAAUCUCCGGGAUUCCAGCUUGGAGGAUUAUGAUUGAUCCAGGGAUUGGGUUUUCAAAGAGAACUGAUCACAAUCUAGAUAUUAUAAUGGGUUUAAGGAGGAUUCGAGAAGAAAUGGCUAAGAAGAGCAUAGUGUUGUCUCAUGCACCUAUGCUUAUAGGACCUUCAAGGAAGAGAUUUUUGGGGGAUAUUUGUGAUCGUCCUGAGGCAAGUGAAAGAGAUUCAGCAACUGUUGCUUGUGUUACUGCAGGGAUAUUAGGAGGUGCCAAUAUUAUAAGGGUUCAUAAUGUUAGAGAUAACGUAGACGCCGCAAGACUAUGUGAUGCAAUGAUGAGAAGAAAAUGUCAAAUGGAUGAUUAG